CUCGUUCUCCUAUCAUAUGAUAGUCACGGAGCUGUUUUUUUCUGACAAAUAUAUAGCGGUGAAGAGUUCUCUAGCAAUUUUCUGUGAAAGACGGAUCAAAUGCAUCUGAAGACAUCAAAUUGUUUAUUUGGAGUUUACAUUUUAUAGAAUGUUACAUUAAAUGAAAUACUUUCAGCAAAAUUUGCAACCAUUGUUACUGAUACCAACAGAUUCAACAAUAAGUGGAAAAAUGAGGAUUUAUAUUGUUUCUUAUUUAUUUCUGAUUACGAAUUCAGCUUUUGGUUUCACUCUAGAGCAAGUUAUGGAGAGAGUAGAUUAUAUUGAAGACAGAGUUAAUAAAGAGAGCAAAUUCAGAAGAGAUGGCUUUAAGACGCUCAUAAAUGAAAUAGGUUCCUUGAAAACAAUGCUUCAACAAGUAUUGGAGAAUAAAAUUGAAGUCAAAGAUACUGAGACUGUCCAGGACACUAAAAAUACUCGUUCAGAUCUAGAGCAAAAAUUUCUGUUGUUGACAAAUGCCUUUAUGAAAGAAAAAAUAUUGAACAAGCGGUUUCGGCGAGAAAUUCCAGAAUUACAAAGACAAGUUCAGGAUUUGAAAUCAAGAUCUGACCAAAUUUUCAAAGGUGUCGAAGAGACACUAAGUGGAAUAGAAUUUAUUAAAAACCAGAACAGAGAAAGACAAGAAACUUUUAUUAUGCUUGAAGAUGAAAUACCUAAAAUAAAAGGAUAUUCAUUAAACUUGCUUGAACAAUUUGAAAAUACAGAAAUUACUGAAGCAGAAAAUUUUAGCAAAAUAAAAAAUGACACAAAAGAGAUAAAGAAAAACAUAGAACACCUCAAAGACAACCAAGAACUGUGUUUGGAAAAUAUAAACAUUAAUAACAAUUUGACAAAGAGACCGGAAGAACUUGUCAGUGGAAAGGUGUUUGUCAGUAAAGAGAACGAUUCAGUAACAACCGAUCACCAUGAGAGGGAGUGCAACUGCUCGGUUUCAUCAUGUCCAGUAAAUAGCACACCUUCUCCCGAUGACCCGAUGGCCUCUUACAAGUCUUGUUUGGAAUUGUAUGACAGCGGGUUUAAAUCUAACGCUAUAUAUAAAAUAGAAAUUGAAAAGGAAAGAAACAUUUCUGUCUAUUGUGACAUGACUACUGACGGUGGAGGGUGGACAGUAUUUCAACGACGCCAAGAUGGCUCUGUCGACUUUUUCCGAUACUGGAAUGAAUAUGAAACUGGAUUUGGCAACUUGACAGGUGAAUUUUGGCUCGGGAACAAAUUUUUGAAUCUACUAACUGAUAAUGAUGAACCACAUGAACUGAGAAUCGAUUUAGAAGAUCAUGACGGCAAUCGUGCCUAUGCCAAAUACAGCAGUUUCAAGGUUGGAUCAAGGAAAACAAACUACAAACUGGAAGUGAGUGGUUACACAGGAAAUGCUGGUGACUCGCUAGCAGAAUCUGAUUCAUCUUAUGGCCCCCAUGAUCAAAUGGAAUUCACCACCAGAGAUGCAGAUAAUGACAAAGCAUCUUCUAAUUGUGCUUCGUUAUGGGAAGGGGCAUGGUGGUUCAAAGCUUGUUAUGACUCGCAUUUAAACGGGCUCUAUCAGGACCAGUCAAAAUGCAAGUCCGAAUGGGACUGCAUUAUCUGGAAUACAUGGAAGGGUUCAUAUUACGCCCUAAAAUUCACUGAAAUGAAAUUUAGAUGAGAUAGUGCCAGAGGUACUCUGAAAAACUAAACAAUGAGUUUCUUUAAUUUUAUAAAGAAAAUGUACAUCUCAAAAUAUUUCGUUAUAUUGAUAUUUAUCCACAGAAAAAACCUUUAUUAAAUAGUUAUGAUAUUA